UUCCCUCACCAUGAAGCUGGCACUGGCGAUAUUACUGUGUGUGGGCGCUGCCCUAAGGGUGGGGGCGCAGGAUGGCUCCUAUAUGCUGGAUUCACGAGGCGUGGAAGUGGAGCAGGGACUCCAGCCUUCCCCACAACUCUUCCAGAACCACCAGGCCUUCUCCCAAGCCUUCAAAGAGCGCUCCGAAGAGAUGGCCCUGCAGUACAGUCUUGGCCAAGUCGAGUACAAUGAUCCUAAUCCAGAGUACGCUUGGGCUUACGAGGUCGACGCCAAAUCGACUGGGGACAUGAAGUCUGCCCGAGAGGAACGUCGAGGUGACGUGGUCGUGGGUCAGUACUCGGUCAUGGACCCCGACGGCUCUCUGCGCGUGGUCGACUACUCGGUGGCUCCCGGCACAGGCUUCCAGGCCACCGUCCGCAAGGAGUACGCAGGCGAGGCUUUCCAGGGGCAGGAGCAGAGGCUGCAGGCUCAGGCCAGGCAGUACAGUGCUAUCCAACAGGGAACUGACUACCAACAGAACUUUGGACAGUACUCACAGAACCGCAACCGGUACCAACAAAACGGUGAGCAGUUCUCACAGAACUACAAUGAGUACCAACAGAACCGCAACCAGUAUCAGUACUCACAAAGCCGCAACCAGAACCUGGAAAACACUAGACAAUAUUCCCAGAACCGCAAUCAGUAUCAACAGAACCGCGAUCAGUAUCAGCGAAACCGCUUCCAAUCCUCUCAGUACAGCAACGAUUACCAGCAGAACCGCUAUCAGAACCAGCAGAGGAACAAUGAGUACCAGCUGAACCCUAUUCAAUAUUCUCAGAACCUCAACGAGUACCGACAGGACAGCAAUCAGUUCCAGAACCGUAAUCGCAAUCAGUACUCUCAGAAUUUUAAUGCAUACCAGAACCGCGACCAGUCCUACCAGAAUCGCAACCAAUACCAGCAGAACUUCGACCAGUCCUACCAGAACCGCAACCAGUACCAGCAGAACCGCAACCAAUACCAGCAGAACCGCAACCAGUACCAGCAGAACCGCGAUCAGUCCUACCAGAAUCGCAACCAAUACCAACAGAACCGCAACCAGUACCAGCAGAACCGCGACCAAAGCCUUUCCACCCGCAACAACAACCUCAGGUACAACUUCCAGCGUUAUGGAACCAACCGCUUCAAUCAGAACCUGAACCGCCCAUCGCCCAGCCUCUACAGCCAGAACCAAAACUACCUUCUGGCUCGCUAUGGAUCCGGCUCUCAGAGCCAGUACAGCAACCAGUACAACAACCGCGUCUACAACCAGUACAAUAACCAACAGAGCAGGAACCAGCAGAACCAAGGUUACUCUCCCAUCAGCGUGGUUCUCGCAUCCUCAAGGAACUAAAACAAGGAACUACUAUGGACAUGUCUGUCUCCUGAUCACAGAUUCAAAGGUGUUGGGAAUAUUUUCUGGCAAUAAAAUGCAUUAUUUGUAA